AUGGAAUUAUCAGAUCGGUUACGGUUUCUAAACUCAAUCCUUGAGAUUGCUGAAGAAGUCGGCGGAUUUUCUGUUGAGAUUCCUUCCAUAUCAGCUUUUGCACCAUUUGGUGAUUUAGGGUUUUUGUACGAUUGUACUCUGAAACCAUCUCAUUCAUUAUUUCAAACCAACAUGUCUAAAUGGUUUCUAUGCCGCCAGAAUGUUGUUUUAGGGUUCAUGACAACAAAAUCAACAAUCCCUAAAUUCGACCCUUUUUCGUUCCCAAUUUCACUCAGAUUCUUCACCACAACAUCGGAAUCAGACACAAUCCCAUUCGCUGUAUCAUAUCUCAUCAACAAUUUCGGUUUCUCGCCUCAAUCAGCUCUCACAGCUUUCAACCGAAGACAGGUUCGUUUCAAAUCUCCAGAUAAGCCUAAUUCUGUUAUCAACUUCUUCAAAAAUCAUCAUUUUUCAGACUCCAACAUACGCAUCAUCAUUACAAAAGCACCAUGGUUACUUUCAUCACAACCCAACAAUGCAAUUUUACCAAAGUUUGAAUUUUUUCUAUCAAAAGGUGCUUCUUCCUCUGAUAUUGUUUCAUUGUUAACUGCAAACCCUAGAAUUUUACAUUGUAGCUUGGAGAAUCGAAUAAUCCCUCUUUUUGAAAUAUUAAGUAGGUUCUUGAAAACCAAUAAGGAUGUCAUUGUUUGCUUAAUUCGACUUUCGUCGACUUCAUUUUCUCGUACUUCAUAUGACAUUAUUGCGGCUAAUGUCAAUUUGAUGAGUAAUUUUGGAGUAUGUGAUUCCAGCAUUGCUAGAUUGUUUCAAACAAGGCCAUCUAUAUUUGGUUCAACUGAUUUGAUUAAGUCAUUGGAGGAAGUUAAGGGUUUAGGGUUUCGUCCUUCAAUGAUUACUUUUGGGGUUGCUUUGAUAGCCAAGAAAUGUACGAGUAAAACACAUUGGAAUCAUAAAGUUGAUGCAUUUAAGAAAUGGGGUUGGUCUGAUGAAGCUGUUUUUCAAGCAUUUAGGUUGUGCCCUAGUUUGAUGUUGGUUUCGAUUGAUAAGGUUAAUUUAUUGAUGUCUUUUUGGGUCAAUCAAUUGGGUUGGAAUUCCUUGGCACUUACUAAAUAUCCAAUUAUGUUUAGUUAUAGUUUACAUAAAAGAAUCAUUCCAAGGGUUUCAGUUUUGCAAUUUCUUCUGAUGAAAGGUUUGCGAGAAAAGAAUGCAAGUUUACUUACACCAUUUACUUAUACGGAGAAAUUGUUCUUGAGCAAGUUUGUUUUCAGCUUUAAAGGGGAGUCUGAUUAUCUAUUAAAGCUAUAUGAGGAAAAAGUGAAACUCGCAUACUCAGAGGAAACCAAUGGCAUGCCACUGACUGAAUAGCAAUUUUCUUCAGCUAUUAACAGUUUCUUCACACUUCACAAAACUCCUUAGCUCUUUGGCAACAUUGGCUUCUAGAUUCCAUGGACACCAAAAUGGUAACUUUGGAAGACCAUAUGUGGUUUAAUUCUCGAUGGUAAAUCAAAAUCACCCCUUUUUUGUUUAAGAGUUUAGUUGGUAUGCACUUUCGGUAUAGAUGAAUUUUACACAUGCAACCGAUCAUAUCUCAUCGAUGUAAAUAUUUGCAGGCAUAGA